AUGACAGAAUUAGGUAAUUAUCUGAUAGGUAUAAAAAUAAAAAUACAAUUAUAAUUUUAGGAAAGACAAUUGGAGAAGGAACCUUUGGAAAAGUUUGUCAUGCUAAACACUAAAUUUUAGGACAUGAGGUUGCAGUUAAAAUUUUAGAAAAAAACAGAAUUCAUGAUGAAUUGGAUAUUGAGAGAGUUAAAAGAGAAAUCAAGAUCUUAUAAAUGUUACAUCAUCCAAAUGUUGUUCAACUUUAUGAGGUUAUUUAAAUAAUUAUAAUUAGAUGAUCGAAACUGAAACACACAUUUAUUUAUUCAUGGAAUAUGCAGAGGGAGGAGAAUUGUUUGAUUAUAUAGAUUAAAAGAAAAGGUAUUUAAUUGAUAGAAAGUGUAUUGUAGAAUUAAUGAAGUUGAAGCCUGUAAAUUCUUGCAUGAGAUAAUAUCAGCAAUAUAAUACAUACAUUAAUUGAAAAUAGUUCAUAGAGAUUUAAAGCCAGAAAAUUUAUUGUUAACUGCAAAAAAGAAUAUCCUUGUAGUAGAUUUUGGUUUAAGCAACAUAUAUGAAGAAACUUUGAAAACAGCAUGUGGAAGUCCUUGUUAUGCAGCACCUGAAAUGAUAUAAGGGAAACCAUAUCAUGGAUUAUAAACAGAUCUUUGGAGUUGUGGAGUCAUACUCUAUGCUAUGGUUUGUGGAUAUCUACCUUUUGAAGAUAACAACACUUAAGUUUUAUAUAAAAAGAUACUGACAGCAGACUUCCAUAUCCCCAGAUAUGUUUCAUUAGAUGGCAAAGAUCUAAUAAAGAAUAUCCUCACAGUAGACCCUAACAAGAGAUAUAAUAUAGAAUAAAUUAAAACACAUAAGUGGUGGUAAUUAUGGAAAUCAGAUGUAAAUCUAAUCUAUUAUAAUUCUUUAGUAUGUUUAAGUUUCUCCAUUUAAAGCAUCUUUUAAUUAAAUCACUUAUACUCUUUUACCAAACAGUAUUUACAAGCCCUCACUUAAUUCUAGUCUUUCUUAAAAUAUAACAGAAGUUGAAAAUACUUGUUGUGAUAUAGUUUAAGAAUCUAAUAAAAUUCCACUUUGUGAAUAAUAAGAUUCUAAUAAUAAAUUAACGAUUUAAGAAGAUACUUAACAAGAAAAAUUGAUUGAUUAGAAAGAACUAUUGGUGAAUGACUUAGAUGAAUUGUAAAAAGACUCAGAAUAACAAGAUUUAUAAGAUAUUUAUGAUUAUCAAUAAUCAGUUAGAUCUUUAACAAGAUAAAAAUCAAGUAGAUCAAUAUAAUCGAUUAAACAUCUUUAGACAUAAGUAGAAUCUCCUUAAAAACCAACCAUUUUAUAAUCUAAUAAAUAAACAACUUAAAUAUCAUAAACAUCCUAAACCAAAAGUACUAAACCUAUAUCAAAAAAACCAGUACUUACUUAAUAACAACAAUAAUCUAUUAUCUAAAAAAAACCUAAUACUAAAACAGUACCAUCAAAAUCUUUACAUGAACCUCCUAAUUUUGAAAAUAAAUUCAUGAAACAAACUAAUACAUCAAAUAUGAGAUCAACUAAUACUGCAUAUUCUAACAAUAAUUCUGUUCAUAUAAGUCAUUAAAUGAAAACUGAAAUACCAAAAAAGAAUUCAAAUCCUCCUCCAAAAUUGAGUGCAAUAUAAGAGUAAUUUAAAGAAAAUAAAGAAAAAUCUCAUUCAUUAAAAACAUAACCUAAUUCAUAUAAAUAAUAGUAAUAAGAAUAAUAAUUAUAAUAAUAAUAAUAGUUAUUAAAUAAAACAUCAAACUAACUUAAAAGUUCCAUAAAAUAACCUACUAAUCUAAUUUCUUCAAAUAAAAAAACCCUUCAUUAAAAAUAAGCAGCAAGUGUUUAAAUUGAAAGAUAAUCAUUUCAAAUAUAAUAAUAAAUAAUUGAAGACAAUAAUAUCAUACAAUUUGAAGAUUCAAAAACAAUUGUAGAUACCUUUACUCUUAGACUCAAUAGCUAUAAAAGUCAAGUAGUUUAAAAAUAAAUUCAAAAAUAAGGAUUAUAAGAUAACAAUGGUAUUGAAACCUUUUAAGGUCCAUAUAAUUUAUAGUUUAUUACUUGUAAACAUCCUAAAUUAUUUAUCAAAGGGUUAUAAAAAUACAUAUAAGAGAAAUACCAACUUGAAUUUAGUGCAUUUUAAGUAAAUAUAAUAAUUAAUUUAAAAAUAGAGUGUACAAUAUGGUUUUAAUUUUAAUCUAUCUGAAUUUAGCAUUUAAAUCAAAUUAUUUAGAAUUGAGAACUUGGAUAUAUUUUAUUGCUAAAUUAAUUGUAAUUAUCAAAAAAAUGAAAAAAAUGAUAAUGAAUACUAAAUUUUAAUCCAAGAUUUGCAAACUAAUUUUGAAUUUUGA